ACGGAGAGGGAGGAGCCGCUGAGCCUGGCGGAGGGCAAGGACUCCGCUGGCCGGCCUUCCCGGCCCUCACCGCACCGCUCCUGCUGGAGUUCGAAGAGCAACUGGCAGGCCUGGCGGGGGCUCCGGCACGGGCAUGCACAGCACUCGGCUUGACAGCUUUCUUGGCCAGCUCCGCUGGGAACUGCUGUGUGGCCGGGACACAGGCUCAUCCCCCAUGCCUGGCCCCCUUCCACCACCCCCCAAACCCGAUCCAGGCAUGCGGCCCAAGCACCGGCUCAGGGUUUCAGAUUCAGAUGCCUUGGAAGAGGACUCAGUCUGUGGUGUGGAGGAAGAGGAGGAAGACGCUAUGGUGACAGGAGACAGGGGUGCAGCCUUGGGAGGCCCCAGGGAGCAUGCCCUGGACUGGGACUCUGGAUUCUCAGAGGUGUCAGGCAGCACAUGGAGAGAGGAAGAGCUGCCCAUACUCCAGCACUCAGCACCCCCAGUAUGGCCCCCUCAUAGACAGCACCUCUCAGCCAGUAGCAUUCCCCUGCCCAGCGGGGCUCCUGUGACCAGUGCACCACCUGCCCACCGACCACGGCCCAAGUCCACCCCAGAUGCCUGCCUGGAGCACUGGCAAGGGCUGGAAGCUGAGGACUGGACAGCAGCCCUGCUGAGCCGAGGUCGCAGUCGCCAGCCCCUGGUGCUAGGGGACAACUGCUUUGCUGACUUGGUGCACAACUGGAUGGAGCUGCCGGAGGCAUCAGGUGAGGGGGAUGAUGGGGGUGGGCCACGAGCCCGUGCUCGCCCCCCCCAGUUCUUACUUGGUCUCUCAGAACAGCUGAGGCGCCAGCUGGCCAGGGCACGCCGGGCAGCCCUGGCAGGAAAGCGACUCUCAUGCCCACCUCGCCCAGAACCCGAACUGCCUACAGAUGUCUCGCGCUUUGCAGCCCUUAUGAGUUGCCGCAGUCGCCAGCCUAUCAUCUGCAAUGAUGUUGUCAGCUACCUCUGACCCUGCCCUCCAGCCUGGGACAAUAAAGGCCUUUCUCUGGA